AUGAGUCUCCUCUGCAACAUUUCCAUAUACAUUCUGAUGGUGUUACCCAUCAUUCUGCUCUCCAGGGGGUACAAUAUGCGUCCUCAGCGGCUUCUACCACUUGUCGCAGUUAUCGCCCUCUCCCUUAUUGCACAGUCGACAAUCAUCACGUCGUUGACGGGUUCGGGAUUAUUUUUGAAUUGCCUUCAACAAAUGUUUAAGGUCCUGGCCGUCCCGGUGAUGGAUGCAGCGCUGAUAGACUUCGCACUCAACGAUCCAAAAGCUCGUAAGUCGUUGCAAGUGAUGGGUGGAGGCGAUGAUGCCAGUGCCGCUGUUGCCGUCGCGUGGACCGCUGUUGAUGUCGCCCUGUAUCGUUGGUUCAACUGGUAUCAUGUGAUGGGACAGCCAGGUUUCGAUGAGGAGAACCUCCGCUCUGCGGUGGAGGCCUUCGUGAACAUCGUGUCACUUUUGAUUGCGGCGCGUUUAAUUGAGGGGCGUGUGCAAGGUAAUGAACAUAAUUCAAACAAGGUCAACAGUACCCAUAAUGUUAGCUCAGGUAUGUGGAUUUGGGUUGCAGUUGUGCGUGUGAUGGGAAACGGCGUCGCUUAUUUUUACGGAAACAACCUCAUCGGAUCCGCGCUAAAUAUGGUCGCCUUGCUGUGUAUACGGUGCUUCCUUGGAUCUAAAACUGGUGCGAAAAUUUGA